UUGUCUGGACGAGAUUGUGGUGGGUUUACGAAAUUUCGUGCUCUUAGACAGAUGGAAGGAAGAAAGAAAGAAAGGUGAAGUAGAAGAAGAAGAAUGAAAAAGAGAAGAAGAUAAGAUGAGAGUUGACAAGAAGAAAGAAAGGAACGGAAGUUAAAGUUGGCAUCAGAAAAGGACACGCCCUGUGGCUUGCGCCAUCUUUCUCUCUCUCUCUUCAAAUACCACCAAACCAAACCAAUGCCUCAUUCUCAAUUCCAAUUCUCAUUCUCUUCCCUUCUUCUCAUCUGACUCCGAUACUCAAUUCCAAAGACGCACACGCACACACCCAUGGACGACGACGCCGCCGCCGCAAACUCCCAUCUCCAGAAGCUCCAUUGCUCCGUCAAAAACUACGAUUGGGGUCUCCCAGGUAGCGCCUCCGAGGUUGCCAGGCUCCACGCGCUCAAUUCCUCCUCCCAAUUCCACGCGCAGGACCCUUACGCGGAGCUUUGGAUGGGUACUCACGAUUCAGGCCCUUCCUUCUUGGCCUCCAAAAGGGUCACCCUCAAGGCAUGGAUUUCCGACAACCCCCACGUGCUCGGCGACCAGGUUCUUCACAAAUGGGGCACUGAUCUCCCUUUCUUGUUCAAGGUGUUGUCUGUGGGGAAGGCCCUGUCAAUACAGGCUCACCCGGAUAAGGAGUUGGCCAGGACUCUGCAUAAGCUGCACCCUGAUGUUUAUAAAGAUGGGAAUCACAAACCUGAGAUGGCUCUUGCAAUCACUAACUUUGAGGCUCUUUGCGGAUUCGUCACUCUUAAGGAGCUAAAGGCUGUGCUUCAUACUAUUCCUGAAAUUGUGGAACUGGUUGGUGCUACAAAUACAAACCUUGUUUUACAAACUAACGAUCAGGAUGGUGAAGAAAAGGUGAAACCUGUUUUGCGGGCAGUGUUCACUGACCUCAUGUCUGCUAGUAAAGAUAAAGUAACUGAUGCAGUAAACAGAUUGAAAAUUCGUCUGCUUAAGGAAAGUGAGGCGAGGCAGUUGACAGAAAAAGAGCUGCUGGUGCUGCGGUUGGAAAAGCAAUACCCAGCUGAUAUUGGUGUCAUAGCAGCCUUCUUUUUCAACCAUGUAAAACUCAAUCCAGGCGAAUCUUUGUUCCUCGGUGCAAACGAACCACAUGCAUAUUUAUCUGGGGAGUGCGUUGAAUGCAUGGCAACUUCUGACAAUGUUGUGCGUGCUGGUCUUACUCCGAAAUUCAGAGAUGUCCAGACCCUUUGUUCUAUGCUCACAUACAAACAGGGUUCUCCUGAGAUCUUGCGAGGAGUUCCUGUUAAUCCAUAUGUAAAUAAAUAUACCCCACCAUUUGAGGAAUUUGAGAUUGAUCGUUGUAUACUUCCUCAAGGGGAAACAGUGGUGUUCCCAGCAGUUCCUGGUCCUUCCAUCUUUUUGGUCACAGUUGGUGAUGGAACAAUGAAAACAGGAUCAGCCAAAGGACAUGCAGUCACCGAAGGUGAUGUUCUUUUUGCAGCUGCUAACACUGAGAUUAGUGUUACUAGCGCAUCCAAGUUGCAUCUGUACAGAACAGGAGUAAAUAGCAAGUUUUUUCAAGGUUCCUAAGUUUCAACAGGGGAUCACCCAAUAUUUUUUUGUCAUAUGCUUUUGGGAGUCAAAUAAUGCAACUAUGUGUUGAUUGUAAUAGAAGCAGUUUAGUGUACAUGCAAAGUAAAAAUAAAUGACGUAAUAUAUUGAGUCUUAGAGAAGUUCAUUAUAGAGAGGUGGGUUGUCAAUUGUUAUUCGUUUGUUCAUAAUAAUGUUUCAAUAGAAGCCUUUUGGGAUGUAUUCCUAUUCAUCUUUUUAUAUCAAUAAAUUUAGUGCCUUUUCUGUCAAAAAAAA